CCACACUGCCACAUGGCACCCCUCUGCGUGGACCUGAGGAGACGAGAUGGAUGAAAGGCGGAGAAAGAGGAAGAGGGAGUUUUUUCACCGGAAAGCAAUCUAGUAGAACGGUGAUGACGACAUUCCCCUUCUCCUAGCUGCUUGCGGGUGCAGAGAAUUGAACUACCAAAAAGUUUUAAAAAGGAUUUCGGAUAUAUUCUCAAUUGGAAUAAAAGCGUUACCCCAAAACAGCCAACAUGUCUUCUCCGUCAAGGAGGUUGCAAACGAAGCCGGUUAUAACCUGUCUGAAGACCUUUCUCAUCUCUUACAGCCUCAUAUUUUGGUUCACAGGGGUUAUUCUCCUCGCUGUUGGCGUCUGGGGGAAGGUGAGCCUGGAAGCCUACUUCUCAUUGGUCACAGAACAGAGCACCAAUGCACCGUAUGUUCUGAUUGGUACCGGCGCUAUCAUCGUCAUCUUCGGCUUGUUUGGGUGCUUCGCGACGUGUCGGGGCAGCCCGUGGAUGCUCAAGAUGUACUCAAUGUUCCUGGCUCUGGUGUUCCUGGCUGAGCUGGUGGCUGGAAUCUCAGGCUUCCUCUUCAGGCACGAGAUCAAAGCAGUAUUAAGUACUACCUACAAGGAUGCUGUGAAACACUACAACGAGACAGGACCCAUAAGCAAGGCUGUGGACAACAUUCAGAGAAACCUACAUUGCUGCGGAUCAGACAAUUACACUGACUGGGGGAGCACAGAGUACUUUAAAGAGAGAGGCAUCCCGAUGAGCUGCUGCAAUGACUCGCUCACCUGCACACCCGAAGCAAUGAAAGACCUGAGCAAGGCUGAGAAAGUGGUGUAUCACCAGGGCUGUGUCAAACUUGUGACCACGGUCAUGGAAUCCAACCUGGGAAUCAUUGCUGGAAUUAGCUUUGGGAUUGCCUUCUUCCAGGUCAUUGGAAUCUUUUUGGCAUGCUGCCUGUCCCGGUAUAUCACAAACAACCAGUAUGAGAUGGUCUAAUGGCAAACAGAGAGAGGGCAUUUUCCAGACGUCUGGUGCUGUAUGCUCGUGGGAAGAUGACACAAAGGGAAGACUUCUCAGAUUUCAAAUUCUUCGGAUUCUCCUUUUUUUUUUUUUUUAAUAGACUGUUUUAACCAGGGUGUGGAAUCUAAAAAAAUAAAAAUAAAACUAGGGGCCAAAUGACUACCAGCUCCAUGAUGUGGCCAGCACAGUUCCAUAGCAAGUUGCCAGGUAGCGUCACAAGGACUAGAGACCAGAGAGUUUGUCUUGCUUGCAAUUCUUCAGGGUUAUACAGUAUGAUCCCUGGUUCAAAACCAAGUUAAAACGUCAUUGUAUUAUUCAUUUAGUAGUUUAGACAUUGUUAUUUUGAUCUUCAUUCAUUUCAAUGCAGAGUGCUUUUGUUACACUAAGUGCUGUAUAAAUGCUUUAUUUUUAGUAGGUUUUAGUAAAGUCUCAGCUGCCUUCUGAAGAGAAUUACAAAGGGAUGGGUUUUUUCAUGUUUGAUUUUGAUACUAAUUCAAAUGGCACCCCAGCGGCCUUAAGUACUGUAUAGUAUGUGCAUGCUUUAAUAAGGAAAGCAGCUUCUUAGCUGACAGGUUAUAGACUGAUAAGCUAGAGGGCACAAUUCACUGCUGCCUGUAACCACCAUGCAAUGAAGCUAUUUAAAUACAGGAACUGCCCCACAACAUCCCCAUGCCUGCUGUCUCAGAGCUGGUGGGGGAACUGAAAGAUUCACGGGGGGGGGGGGGGGGAUACAGGUUGUACAGGUUGUACAAGAAUCCUGAUCACUUAACAUUUGUUUGGCAGUAAGGUAGCGGCCCAUCAUGUUUGUUUGGUAGCCCAGGUGAGUUAGCAUUUCAUCUUUCAACCAGGUGAACAAUACUCUGAAACCAAACCUGCUUCAGGUCUCUGGUUCUUUCAGGUCUCCUGUUAAUUGUUAAUUGUUCAUUAGUCACAGUUACCAGAACCCCGUGCACACUACCACAUCCGAGGGAUACAAGGACGUCUUAGUUAUGUGUUUGAUUGGGAGGGGGGGAGUGAAGUUUCAUUUAUAUGUGUGUGUUUUUAAAUUGUAAUCACGAUUUCUUAGGGCUUGGACUAGUUUUGCUUCAUGUAAAGGAUGGGUUGUAGAUCUGAGUGGGAAAACUGAAUAAAGAAAUGCUUUACAUGUAGAAUUAUUAUUAUUAUUAUUAUUAUUAUUAUUAUUAUUAUUAUUAAGAAGGAUCAUUUAAUACUUUUUUUAACCCUGUUAUUGACAUCUGUUAUUAUGCUUUCCUUUAAGAGUUAACAGUGAAUUGGUUUCCUAUGCUUUCCUGUGGGAUGGGAGUGUCAUGUAUUUCAUCUAAAUGUUUUUUUCCUUUUCAAGAGAGUAGCUAAGUUCCUGUGUAAAGUGUAGCACACAGGCUAAUCCCUUGAAACAAUCGAUCAUGCCUUUCACAAGUUCAGUAAGACGUCUCUUUUUGCAUUGCUUGAGGGGGGGUGUACCUGCUACAUGCAGAAGCAGUCAAGUGGUUAAUAAAUGCACUGAACUAAAACAGAUGCUGACUUUAAGAAUAAGGGCAUAGCAUUCCGGUCCAGGCGAGUUGUAGACGGUCAGUUACUGUGGGCUAGCUUGUCUGUACCCUCUUGGAUAGGCAAUAUUAGGAGGCAGGCUGGUCUGUUUAUCCAGUCCUGGGGAGACCACAUGCGCUGAACCGUCUGUUUUGCUCGAAUGCCAAUAGUAGCUCAGUGCAAUAGAUACCUUUUAUACUAGAAGAUAUUUUCUAAAUGAAAUAUGCUAAAUGAGAGGUAAUCAGUGUUAAAUGCUGCCUGUACAAUUACAGUAACAUGCAGAAACAACAUGUAAAAUAAAUACUUGUAAAAAUAAACUACCCUCUUCUUCA